CGUCUGCCCAUGCAUGUGUAGACAAGGGAGGGCGAAGAAGAGCGUCUAAACAUCAAUACAUUACAUCCAAGAGGGCAAGCUUUAUGAUUAUUCGCGGUUUGUUAUUGCUUAUUGUUCCCAAAGGCCCCGUCACACCAUAACGUUCUGGUCAACGUUCUCUGAACGUUCUAAUCGUUCAAUUUCGAGCGUUCUAGGGCGAGGUGGACACAUCUGGCGUGUGACUAACGCAUGACUAGCGUGGGACUGACGCAUGACUAGCGUGGGACUGACGCAUGAGGAGAGUGUAACAGCCAUAGACAUAAUAAAGAAGAUGAUAAAUGCUGAAAGUAAGAAGAAUGCAAAGCCUCUUUCAGAGUGAAAGACAGCACGAAGAAGAGUCCAUCCGAGGUGUGCCACCCCCUGAAGACCUUAAUGAAGACCUGCCAACCAUGGAAGCGAGAGGGAAGAAGCAGAGGAAAGACUGCAGGAUCCAGGACCGGGCAGUGGAGGAUAGUUUGGUAAAGUUUUUCCGCGAUAACGAACUUCUGUGGAACUCCCAGAAAAUAGAUUACAGGAACAAGGCCAAGAGGCAACGAAUCCUGGAGACCAAGGCCGCAGAGCUGGGGAUCGGGGUGGACCACCUGUGGACCUGGUUCAAAUCCCUCAGGGACAUGUACACUAGGUUGGACAAGAAGAAGAAGACUGGGCAGGGCCAGCAAGAGUUGACGGAGAGGGAGUCUUGGAUCAAAUCCAAAUUUAGUUUUUUCCACUGUGCUGUCAACCACCGCUCGAAGCCCGUCCAGAGUGUGAAGGCGAUUAAAGUCGAAACUCACGGAGACCUGGAUGAGGCUGAGCAGGCAGAGGCGGAGGAGAGGGUUGAUGUUGACGAGUUUGCUCAGACCGUCCCCGUCUUAGAACAUCCACCCACCCCAGCCCUGUCGGUGUCCUCCGACAUGGAGACCCUCAGGAGGAAGGCCAAGGAGAGCGGGGAGAUGCUGACGAUGCUGCGUGAGCAGUUCCAGUCUCCCGAGCCAAUCACUGAGAGGACCACCUACGCUGCCUACGUCCAAAGUGUGCUGCUGGGGAUGAGUGUUAAGGACUUUCGCCGGGCCCGGAAGGGCAUUAACAAAGUCCUGAGGCCUUUCUGCGAGUCGGAUUCAUCUGACAACGACAUUGAAGACCGGUCCAAUAGACCCCCCUCCAGACAACCCUCGAUUCCGUCGUUAUGAGCUUAAUUAUUACCAUUACUUUCAAUCAUAACUUGAAUUGAUGCGUUAGCCAAGCCAACGCGUGGGAUAUUCCGACUUUCCUCAUUACUGAAAUUGACCAAUAGCUGGCACGAAAGUUGUAAAAAAGAAAACGCUGGUGACCAUAUUAACCACCUCAGGCAUAGUAACAUGUGUUUAUCUGAAAGUAAAUAAAAUAUGUUAAGGUA